GCCCUCACCGGGAGCCCUCACCGGGAGCCCUCACCGCGCGUCCGGUGGCGGUGUGGCUGCCCUGAUGUGUCCGGGCACGCGGUGCUCCGGCGGCUGGGGUGGUGCUUGGGGGCAGCCAGGAGACCGGCGGGCCGGGGAUUCCCGCAGUGACACACCGGCCCCGGCUCAUCCCCGGUUCACCGGGAGCCGAGCCCGGGCUCCGCGUGUGCUGCUCAGCCCGCCCCCGUGUUAAAGCCCGCUGGGGUGUGGGCGUGCGGCUCCGCGCUGCCCCGGGAGCGGCGGCAUCGGGCUCUGCCCGUUCGGCAGCACCGGGACGCGGUUCCAGGGAUGCUCCGCAGCUCUCGGGCUGCUCGUGCCGCUGGUUUGCUCUCGGUGUGGGUUGGUUGUUGGGGAAACUGCUCCUGGUGUAGCUAUAUUUGUAUACAUAUAAAUGAUGUGUAUUUUAUAGGUGUAUAUAUAAAUAUUUGUAAGUAUUUUUGGAGCUGUCCUGGGCAGGGCCAGGAGUUUGAUAGUCCUAAUGAGUCCCAUACAACUCAGUAUAUUUACAUUUAUAUAUUAUUUAUAAUAUUAAAAUAUUAUAAAUAAUAUUAUAAUAUAUAUUAUUUAAUUUAUAUCUAUAGUGUCUAAAUAUCUGCUGCUGGGACUGGAACACUCCCUGGUUCCCAGAGCAUUCCCGGUGAGCAGGAGCUGCCCAUGAGCUCACUGGGGGAGGAGCUGCCAUCCUCUGCCAUUGAUUGAUCCCUGAUCAUUAAUAUUUAACUUGGCUGCUCUGUUUAACGAAGGGGAUGAGAUAAUCCCUUGGAUGGUGAGGAUCCAGCACUGGUGGAGUUUUGUCCAGAACUUCAGGCAGCUGCUGCAGAGUGUUGGGAUUACAGAGCUGUUAAUCUUUUAAUUAAGGAUUUUAAUUUAAGGCAGAAACGAAGUAUCCAGUGUGAAAUUGAAAUGAGAACCUGACAGCAGCACUUUCAGAAAGAAAAUUUAUCUUCUUUUAUUCUGGCUGUGGAAAAGUCUCAGGAAAUGGGCAAAGGAUGGAACUCCAACAGCAGCAGUAACCACAGCAACGGGGGCUGAGGCACCAUGGAGCAGUACACUGCCAACAGCAGCAGCUCCACGGAGCAGAUCGUGGUGCAGGCAGGGCAGAUCCAGCAGCAGGUGCAGGGGCAGCCGCUGAUGGUGCAGGUGAGCGGGGGGCAGCUCAUCACCUCCACGGGCCAGCCCAUCAUGGUGCAGGCCGUGCCCGGGGGCCAGGGCCAGACCAUCAUGCAGGUGCCCGUGUCCGGCACGCAGGGGCUGCAGCAGAUUCAGUUGGUCCAGCCAGGUCAGAUUCAGAUUCAAGGUGGGCAGGCUGUGCAGGUACAGGGGCAGCAGGGCCAGACCCAGCAGAUCAUUAUACAGCAGCCCCAGACUGCAGUUACUGCUGGCCAGACACAGACCCAGCAGCAGAUUGCAGUGCAAGGCCAGCAGGUUGCCCAGGCUGCUGAGGGCCAGACCAUCGUGUACCAGCCCGUGAAUGCUGAUGGCACCAUCCUGCAGCAAGGCAUGAUCACCAUUCCUGCAGCCAGCCUGGCUGGAGCCCAGAUUGUCCAAACAGGAGCCAACACCAACACCACCAGCAGUGGCCAGGGGACGGUCACAGUGACACUGCCAGUGGCUGGGAACGUGGUCAAUUCAGGGGGAAUGGUCAUGAUGGUGCCUGGAGCUGGCUCAGUCCCAGCCAUCCAGAGGAUCCCUUUGCCUGGAGCAGAGAUGCUGGAAGAGGAGCCCCUCUAUGUCAAUGCCAAGCAGUACCACCGCAUCCUGAAGAGGAGGCAGGCACGGGCCAAGCUGGAAGCAGAGGGGAAAAUCCCCAAAGAGAGAAGGAAAUACCUGCACGAGUCCCGGCACCGGCACGCCAUGGCCAGGAAACGGGGAGAGGGGGGUCGCUUCUUCUCCCCCAAGGAAAAGGACAGCCCUCACAUGCAGGAUCCAUCUCAAAGCAACGAAGAAGCAAUGACACAGAUGAUCAGGGUCUCCUAACCCCUGCUUCCCAGGAAAAACACCUGAAGGGAAUUCCCAUCCCUCCUGCCAGCCUGUCCUGCCUGCCCAGAGUGUCCAGUGAAUCCUGGAGUGGGACAAUCUCCAUGUCACAGCCUGUCCUUUUCCACAGAGCAAGCACCACGUGUUGAGGACGUGCUUGAGGUUUCAACUCUACCAACAGAACCUUUCAGGCUUCCUUGGUGCCCUCUCCUGAUCCAGCACAGGGAAUUCAGAGUCCGAGUGCUCAUCUCUGGUUUUCCUUCAUUUCCCCACCUCUCCCUGGGGCUGGUGCAGCUCAGCCCUGUCCAGGGACAGAUUCCAGCUCCUCCAGCCAGCACUGAAUGGCUGCACCUCAGGGCUGGGUUUGCCCAGCAGAGAUUUGUUAUUCCAUCCACUCCUCACCCCUUUGGACUUGGUUUUCCCUGAGCUGGACCCUGCACUUCCAAGCCUGGCAGAAACUGAAGGGGAUUCUUUUCAAUUCCACCUUGUAAAUGUGUAAAGAAGCUCUUCUCUGGGAAAGGUUCAGCCAUCCAAUCAAUGCUAGAAAUAGUCAAGAUUACUGCAGGACUUGAUGUGUUGUGUCUCUGUUGCAAGUGGGGUGGGAGAGGGAGAUGUGGGGGGGUUGGGUCAGUAAAUCAGUCUCUGGGUGGGUUUGGAUGUUCAUUGCCAGUACUUGUUGCUUUGGAAGAAAACUGGAUGUGAGUCUAGAAAGGAUUGAAACUUUUCAGUGACUCUCUUCCAAAGGAUUUUUUUUUUAAAUCUUCUUUCUCACCUGCCAGUGAAGUCCAUGGUUCCUCCAGGAGAUGGGGAACCCUCAGUGUGACACUGGUGGCACUUGGCCAUGGUUGGGAUGGAGUUUCUGAUGCCUAAAUCAUUUCUACAGUUCCAGAGUGAGGGGUGAUUCAGGACAGCAGCAGCUGGGGCAGCUCAGCCUGAGGUACCUGAAGGACUCAGCAGAUACUGAUGAACCUUUCAUGCUUUUUGUAAAUUAAGCUCUUAAAACAGAAGUGGCACUUAGCAAAGGAGAAAUACUUACAUUAUUAAAAAAAUAGGAUUUUCUCAUGACCUACAGCUGGCUUUGGGCUGAGCAUCUCCCCAGACCAGUUUUCAUUUAGAUUCUAAGCCUGCUCUAUUAUGAUUUGAAUUUAGUAAUGGGAGCAGUAUUAAAAGCAUUUAACAGGUGAUUUCUCACCAUUGCACUCCUGUUCCCUCUCACCUUGAUGAGUUACACAGCUGCUCUGGGGAUCAUCUGCCUGCUGGAGUCCCAGAAUUUCCAGGUUUUGGGUCCUGUAGUUCAAACUGGAUCACAGCAGUGAAGUUUGGGAUUGGGAAUGUUGCUGGGUGAAUGUGAACCUGGCCAGGUGAAGCUGAAGAGUGAAGAGUUUUUGAGGAAAUGCUGCCAAGGAUGGGUGAGACUGGGUUCAAUCCAGUGAAUGCUGAAUUCAAGUGACAAGGAAAUGCAGCUUGGAAAUUACAUUUUCUACCUCCCAUCUUUUCCCAUUUACUGUGCAUUUAUGGCUGAAGACAAAGUGGAGGGCAAAUCAGCAAGUUGUGGAAGACUGGGAGGAUACAAAAGAACAGCCUGGAAAAUUCUGUUCCCUUUGGAUGAAAGAAAAAUGCUAAACCUGAGAGUAUGAGAUUGAGGAGAAAUGUUGGAUCCUUGCUGUGAGCAGGCAAUCCUGGAGGAAGAGGGAGCCUGUUCAGGUGGAAGGAUGCCCUGUGCAGGCAGUGGAAGGACAAGGAGGAGCUGCAGAGGUUUGGAAUUGCCAGCUGGAUCUCUAAAUGCAGCUCAGCUCCUUGGUGUGAGUCCUGGUUCCUGUCCCUGCCCACAGCUGGAGCUGGGAAGGACACUCAGGGACUCCUGCAGCUGCAGGAGGAGCUGGCCUGGCUCCUGGCAGGCAAAUAAAUCUUUCUUUCAGUUUUUGUCCCAAGUUAGAUGAGUAAUCUGACACUCUGCUCACAACCCUUAAUUAGGAUUUAUCUCUAAUAAUUCCAAGGGCAUUUUUGACAUCAAUGGCAUCAUCAGGGCCUCUGGUUGCUUCUGCCUUAAAUCCUUGUCCAGUUGGUGCUGGUUUUCCUCAGCUGGCACCUAAACUCACACAGCAUUUCCUGGGGUCUCCCCCAUUCCAGGAAGUUGCAGCUCUCCUUAAGGGAUUUUAGUUGAAUUUGCAGCAUUACUGUAAAUAUUUUUUUUGAGCAUCUGUACAUUUUGUUGGAAUAUUUGCGUGCUGGAGUAAGACCCUCUCCGUGAUAUUUUUUGCUCUUCAGUUGAUGGUAAAUCUGUCCUGAAACACCUUUUUGAGAGCUGGAAGUUCAGGAAGCAAGAUAAUUGCUCUGACAUAGGUUUUAUUUUUUUUUUUAAUGACUAAUUACUUUCCUUAAAGAACUUGUAAACUUUUUUCCCCAAUAUCCCUUCAUAUCUAGGUUCUCUGAUCUGCUGUUGUAGGUUGUGUGUGAAGAAAUACAGAUUUGUGUUCUAGGAAGUCUUAUUGUUAAUAUUUUGAAAUAGUGAUGUGAAAGCCUGAGUGCUCCUAUCAUUUUUUUAUUUGUGUUUUGUGUAUCACUGCUGAAAGUUGUGUUUAUUUGGUGAGGUUGGAGCCAGCAAUCAACACCAUGGUACCAAAAAUAUCUGCUUUUUUUUUCUAGGCAAAUCUGUGAAAAUUGGAGACAUGUCCAGUUCAAACCUCCCUAGUAAUUAAAUUAAAAUUCUCUGUAGAUUGGCUACACUUGAACAAAACCUUCACUUUAGGAGUGAGUUAAGAGUGGGUGAGGAUGAAAGAAGAGGUUUGGGAGGAAUGUGUUUGAUUGACCCAGAGCAGUGAAGCAUCAAACCCAUCAAAACCCAGAUUUAUAGGAGAGUAAAGAUCAGGAUUUGGAAAAAAAAAUGGUCCUCAAGUGAUGCUAAAUGGCUUUAAGGCCCUGCAUGUUAACAAGAGGGGAAAAAUAAAACUUUUCUUUGUGAAGGGGCGUGGGAGGGUCCUGAGCUUAACGUGAUGUCAACGUUUGUACAUAGUUCAAAGUUUUUAAUUUUUUUUAUAUGACGCAUUUUUUCAAGUGUAUUUUGGUCUUUAAUAGAUGCAAUUGUAAGUACUGUGUACACUCUCCAGCUAAUAAAAUUUAUAAACUGAGCAGC